UUGCGUAUCGGGAUAAGCGACGCUGUAUAAGAAAGGUAACGUUUGUUAUGUCAACACCGUUCUGUCAAAUCGUGCCGCCAGUUCGCUCAGCGCUCAUAAACAAACCAAUAUCAUGGAGAACUUUUCGGAAAUUUUUAUCAAAAUUAAGCCGCUUUUUAAUGCAGUUAUUAAGAACCCUACUCAAGCAAAUAUACUACAAUUGAACGAACAGUUUAAGACGGUGGACAAUAGCAGUGUGCAAGUAUUACAAAACAUAUUUCUACAGCAAUUGCUCAUACUGGUCGAUGCCGUACCAGGGCAGAACAAAAACGAGCUAAAAACUCACCUAUUGGAAUGCAUUAUCACCAUUCUGCUGAAGGGCCGGCUUUCCAAAGCAGUGGCCCUGCGAACGACGCUACUGGCUGCCAUGAAGCUGUUGUACGACCGGGACACGGGAACUGUACGUCCCGAUUUAUCCGAAGAGUACAAACUGGCCGUGCUGAAAGUGUUGUCGCUCGUGUCUCGCCGAAUCCAGUCGGAGCUGGUGGAGGAAGUGUACGUGAAAGAGAAUCUAACCCUGCUUUCGCAAGCCAUCUUUGUGUGCGUCCGCAUAGUAGAAACGGAGCGCGCACGUAAGCUCCGCUUCCAGGCAGUGGAUUCAAUUGUCUCGCUGUUGCAAGUGCAUGACGACUUCGACUUCAACGACACGGUGCUUCGCUGCCAGGUUGCUGAAUUGCUGUUCAUCACGCUCCCCAAACUUCUCGCCACUUACGUGUCCAUCAUCAACGGUGAUGAAAAGCAGGGUACCGCUGUGUACCGCAUAGCGAUAAAGGCCCUCGGACGUACGCUUAGCCUUAUUUUCGAAGAUUAUGCGAAGGAAACGCUCCACGAUGAGUACGGCAUUGAACAAUUCCGCCAACUGACGGAAAGUUUAGCUGGAACGGAGAGGAGUGCAAACAUACUGGGAUUAGGAUUGAAGGAAAACGAUAAAGUUAAAUACUUCAACGAAACGUCGCGUACUCGCGACUGGCUGCUGCAGGCUGAAAAGAAGGUGGAACAAAUACUGCAGCUCAUUCUCCAUCUCCGUGGACAUGAGGAGGAGCUUAUUCGCCUGGAAUUUGCCAAAAUGAACUGUGAACUGCUCCGGAAUUGCACCUACAACAUGCCUAGCUGUACCGUGCACUAUCUACAAACCGUGAUUGCCAUGUGUAACGACGAAUCUGCACGUGUCCGCGAUCUGUGCGAAAGGUGUCAGAAUUCGGUUCCCUAUUUUACGAUGUCCUUCGCCGGAAAUCGAAUUGAUGAUCUGUUUUUCGACGCCCUCAACCAGCUGCCCCGCGUCAUCUACAGGGGAGAGGAGCGCGAACAAAUUGCCAGCUUUCGGUUGAUAACAGGAUUUUUAGGCUUCUUCUCCGAGCCGCAACUGGCCAGCAUUUUUUCAUCGCAAAACAUUCUCGAACAGUUCAUUAUGGUACUGCUGGCUGCAGCCGAGCUUGAUAGUGUUGCCGAGCUCGUCCGUCGAGAAUACGUGUCCUAUCGCUUUGAGUAUGAAGAAGGAUUUCAUAUGCAAAAGGAGAAAAACGAAUCCCGUUGGAUCGUGCUGAAGAACGUUUCUGCCCCGCGUGCGAAACAAGCUUUCCUCGAGCUCAUCCACAAACUGCGGCAGCACGAUCAAGCGGUCAAUACCGUUCUCAUGUACAUUUUGGAGAAUUUCUACGCCUCAAGGAUAAACAGCAAUGGAUAUCUGUUCAUUUUGAGCGAGCUGAUUCCGGACAACACAAACGACGAAUCCAACCCUUCCCGACUGCUGGAGCCGUUCAAAACGCUACUCGCGGAAGUGCUGCAACCACACCACUGGUUUCUGGAGUUGGAAGAAAAUGACAACAUUUCCGAUCAAAAGUACAAUGCGCUACACAUCUGUCUCGUGGUUCGUACCAUUGCCAAACUAGCACGCUUUAUGAAGGAACAGUUUCGUUGGUAUCUGUACGACGCGUUGCGCAUUCUCCUGCAAUGCUGCAGCAGUACGCUGAAGUGCAUUAACGAAUCAACGGAGCUAGCACUGGACACUGUGGCCAGGUCGCAGGGAAUGUCGAGCAUUGAGCAGCUGCUCCAUCACAAUCUCGAUUACAUUUCGCAGCAAAUCACUCGAUGUCUUAGGCGCAAGGAACACUUCCGGGACGGCAUGAACAUGCUGGAAGCUGUGCUACGUUUUGUACCGUACGAUUCCUCGAACGUGCUAGAAACCACGGUUACACCUAUCAUUAUGAACAUUCUCGACAGCUACUCGCAGUACGGCGAGCGAAACUCGAUCGUGUGUCUUCGAGUGUUGCAAAUAUUUAUUCACUCGAUUCGGCUGCGGUAUGCGCACGAAACGGAAAACGAAGCUGAAGCUACUAAUGAAAAGGCGGCAACUAAUCUUUCCGAACAGAUCAAACGCUUGCAAGCUUUUCUGCGGCGAGAAAUUGCAAAUGAUUCAGAGGAUGAUCCGGAAUACAAUCCGGAUGAUCAGGACGAGCAACCCAAUGCAACCAAUAUGGACGAGCAAGCGACCGAACAUCAAGACGAAACAGAAACGGAGGAGAAAGAAGAACACGUUCCUUCGCAUAUAAAAAUAGUGUUGCGCAUUCUGACCGUUAAUUUCAAACACCUCGCAUCAUCGGAAGAUGCUGAACGGAUUGUGGCGCUGUCUACCCUUAAUGAGGGAAUAUAUGUGCUGCAGCGGUACGAAAAUCAGCUCCUACCGUUGGUACACAACAUUUGGUUCAACUUUACGGAGCGGUUCUCUGACCGGAAUCCGGCCGUGGUAAGGAAUGCAUUCGAGCUACUGCUCACCAUGGCACAAUUGUCCAAAGAUUUCAUACGCAAACGUUCACUGGACGAUGUGCUUCCAAAGCUGUACCAAUUCAUGCGGGAACACUGGAAUGCUGACCCCGGCGCGCACCAGGUAUACAAACUGCAAUGUAAAUUCCUUACCUCGAUCGACGGUUUGGUGCGGAACCUCAACUUUAGCGAAAAGCAGCUCGACCAAACGCUGGAGAUUAUUCGCCUGUACUGGGUGAAGAGUGAACGACGGGAAUUGAAGAAGCAGGCCGCCGAAUGUUUGCAGCGCAUGCGAUCGAUCAAUUCGCUUGCAGUCUUUUUAAAAUGUGGCUGUACAACUGUGCUGCAAUAAAGCGGACUGUAGGUAGCUUACAUUGAUCUUAGUAGCGCAUGAGUUUUUACUGACAUGGCACACAAGCAGCCGUGGAUAGAACCUUCUGAACCUGAACAGAACAAAAUAUGUCCUACAGUCAAGAAGCGGGAGACAAGAAGAUUGAAUCGUUCGACUACGAGUAUUCGGAACAGAGAAAUUUUGAAGUUAAAUUUGCAGUGGAAAACACACACACUUCCAGGUUUGUUGAUCAGCACGUUGAAAGAAUGGCAAACACCCAACCGACCAAUGCAUCGAAAAUCCCUCCGCCUGGAUUUAGUCGAAAACAGCUUACUCCUUUCUACGAGAAAACAAAGCUACUGCGCACCGUUUUAGAAAGGCAAGUUACGCGAAAACUGGACCAUUCUAGUGAACCUUGGUCCGCGAAAGUCGGUGACCAUUCGCGUAUCCCAAAGCCACCUCAAACAGCACACAGACAGCUUAACUUUUCCAUUAUGGAUGAAUCGAGAGUACCUUCGUUGCAGGAACGUUCAGAUCCGUCGUUGGGAAUAUUGCAACCAGAGGGAAUGGAUUUGGGCAGCUUUCGCGUCAGCAUCGAUGAUAGCGGUCGGCACAAUUCAUCUAACCUUUCCGAUGGCAUUCUACGCGACAGUCAAAUGAUUUGCAACAGCUUCGAAACAUCGUACAACGGCAUCGAUACGGACUAUUUGCUAAAACGCUUGCAGGAUCAAAUCAUCCUGCACAACACACUGCUCGAUGCGUCGGAAAAAUUCCCAAAGUCCCCAUCCAUAGAAAAUCUCGUCAAACAGUGCAUGAGAGGUACGGACGCGCUCACUGCCCUAAAGCAGCGUGUUGCGCGCUAUAAGACUGCCAAGCAGUCGGCUAGAAAAUCACAUCCGAACGCUGGUCUACUGCAGGAGCUGCCCAAUAUUAUCCGGCAUACGAUCAAUUGUGCGGAGGAUUUACAGAAACUGGCGGAAGAAAUAGUACAUGUGUCGGCAUCUUCCUUCGAUUCAAACAUUUUAAAUCGAAGCUCGUUAACAUCGAAAAGCAUUAAAGAUACCACAAACCGAUUGAAGGAAAUAGAACAAAUGUGGCAACAUAUGCCUACCCCGGAGGAGGAGGGUUCGUCGCUGGGACUCUUGCAUGAGUCAGAGAUGCGUGGUUCUGGUCACUUUUUAAACGAUGUAUCCGCUUCACUUAACACCGUAUUCGAAGAGGUAAACCAUUCGCUGGAAGAAGUUCUUCAAACACCGAACACGCAAAGUUUGAACAGUUUGAAGACCCACUUGAAAGAGUGCCAAAAACUGCUCUCGGAUAUCGCGCUUAACAAUUCGCUUCUGAACGAAGAAUCUAUGCCGUCGUUUGCCGAAUCAAGUGAUAUGCAUGAAGUUCCCCUGCUUAACAUCGUCUCCGAUGAGUUGGAUAAGUCGUGGAAAUCUGAAAUCGAAGCCUUUCUCGACAUAUGGAAAAGCCCCGAAAAGGAGCGGUUUUUACAAAUUUCCAAACAGACCAUUGAUGAUCUUUCGUUCCUACGCCAAGAGACAAAUCAUAUGCUGGGCAAGAUGAAAAUUUCUGAACGCAGUAAGCAACCAUCGACCCGGAGGCAGCAUCUGAUCGAAAGGCUCAACGUAUUGCGAGGGACGGAGCAACCGGGUCACAGACCCACUUACACCUCGAUCAUAAUGAAGGAUUACAUCGAUGAGGAUGAUUUAUGUGCCGAACAAGAGUGCUUGCCGAAAGCAGAAUCAUCUAAAAGAACGGUUCAAUUUUCUGACCGCACCAACGGAACUGUAAAACCUGCUAAAAAACUACACGCACAAAAACCAAAUCUUCGAACGGACAUGGUUGAAGCCCGACUUGAAAUACUUUUGCAAGAAAUGGAUCAAUUUCACCAAAACUAUCUUACCUCCAACAACCAGGAAGGGAAGCAAUCAAAUUCGACCAUCAUCGAGAAUAAAAUUGACGGUCUCAUGGCAAUGA